AUGACUACGGAUCCCGCGCUGUCGUAUCACCCUACCGAGUCCCUCGUUCUUCCUACAAAACGCCGCUUCUUCCCUUUCAAGAUACCCAACUACCAUCAACAACUUCGACACUACAUCAGUACCGCCGACCGGGAUAGAAUCUACGUUAUUACCGACCGGGUGGUGUAUUCAAUUCAUAUUUCAUCGCGAAAACGGGAAACCAUCGCAGUUAUUCCAUUUGAGCCGAAGUGUCUUGCUGCUGGAUAUGGCUGGAUUGGUAUUGGGGGUACCAACAAUGGCGAGUGUGCUUUCGUGAAGCUUUCGGAUCGGAACGUGCGUGUAUCUCGCGACACGCCGACUAGGCAACCGGCGGAUGUAGAUAGCGCUUUGCCCAUUGAUCUUGAAGCUUCACAAAGGGUUUCGCCACGAGAAUCGACGAGGUCGGAACAACCGUCAAAUUCAGGCUUUGGUGCGAGCCAAUUACCGGAGGUCCAGCUGCAUAAAUUUGGCGGUAGUAUCGUCAACUCGGUGACUAUCCAUCGUCUACCUGGCGAUGAAAAAGGAUUCACGGACGAAGAUGUUGCUGUUCUUAGCAACAAUGACAAAUCAGUAACCAUAUAUUCAAUGACACGCUCGAAAGUUCUGAAGAAACUCGGUCACCCGGCGUGUAUGAACUAUGCGAUCAUUUCACCAGAUUCGAGUCUCCUGGCUGCCGUUGGGGAUGAAUCCAGCGCCUAUUUUUAUAGCCUCAUUCGUGAUCUCUCGGCCGUGGUUUCCACUGAGACAGGAGAGAAGUUGAGCGGCUGGACAUUGGACCGCAUUCUUUGUAUCGAGAUGGAGCUCGGCCCGAAGAUCGAAGAUAAAUGCUGUUUUACCAUUGCGUUUUCCCAAUCCAAUAGACUGUGUGCUAUUGGAUCGCAAUCCGGAGUGAUUACGGUUUUCGACGUUUCGAGCAUCCAGGAAUCCGCUGCCACUCCAAUUGUCUGCCAUUUCAACUCAUCGAGGUCUUGCUUUCGUGGCGGUGCCGUGCGUUGUAUGAGCUUUUCGCCCGAACCUUGGGACCUCCUUGUAUGGCUCGAGGAUAAAGGGCAUGCUGGAAUAGCGGAUGUGCGUCAGGCUUUUAUGCGGAGACAAAUACUUGAAUUUGACGCGAAUGAGUCAAACAACGUUGAGGAAGUUGAUACGGAGCCGAUAAUUGACGAAUCAACGGGAUCGGGGCUUGGCGUGGACAGUCAGGCCGAACUGUAUCACGCACUUGAUUCACGGGCGCUACUUGACUCAGUUGAGGGCCAUUUAGAUGAUCAGGUCGGUGAUGGAUCUGAUACCUCGCCACUGAGGGAAAGUUUGAUACAAGACUUAACGUCAAGAGAGAGAACAAUCGUGCAAUUCCUGAAUACAGCACGCUGGACAUCAAUGGUAGAAGAUGGCCUGACAGAUGGGGCAACCAGAGAUAAUGCAAGUGCGCACCCGCAUUCUGGGUCUCGCACAAGACAGCAAAGUCUCACAAGCGGAGCCAAUCGGGCACCUCGUCCUACUUCACCUCGACCUGUCAUACACUCUCAGAGCAAUCACGAGACUAGAGACCGGAAUACGAAUGCGGACAGCCCAACACCGGAUCCACAGCCAAGUAUCACACUGAGCUGGACCACUUCGCCGGACGAGCUACGGGCCGCUACGCUAGAUACCCCGGCUCAUCCUGUGGAAUCAAGCUCAAGUGAUCAAAGUGGCUCUAGCAAUGAGAGUGGAAAUGGGAGUCGACUUCGCAGGACCAUUGCUCGACCGACGGCAAAUUUUGACUACUCCAGUACUACUCCAAGUUCGAUACCGCGCCCGAGAAAUCACCAGCGGUCUCGGUCUGUUCAUAGGCGCCCUGAAAGGCAAGACGAUGAUGCGGAUGUUUUGCCUAGCUUAAGAGCGAACGUAGUGGCCAUCGAGCGCCUUCGACGCCAGCGACAGCUCAUUAAUGAGGCAGAUACCAUGAGUCGAAAUAGUAUGCGUGGGCAACGGUACACGCAGCAACCCUCGUUAAGUAUUGAUCAUGGCCGCCCCUCGCGGAUUCGAAGCGUGAUCCAUGAUCCGCCAGAGCAUAGCUUUGGAUAUGGGCGCCGAGAUUCGGAUCCAAACUGUUCAGCUGGACUCGGAUUUGGUGCCGAUGGAAGAUCACUAUACAUCGCAACCGUGAGUGGGAUCUUUGAGUAUCAACUAAACAUCACGGACCGCAAGACCUUCCCAGUGAUGACCUACAGAUAA